AUGAAGGAUGUCUUCAAACCUGUGGUAACCCCGCUGCAGGAAUUAGUCAACGUCUCUCGAGACACGAAACCUGUAAAGCAAGAGGUGAAGAAAGAAUUAAAAACUGAAACGACGGAUGAACCAAAGAACAAAAUGGAAUCUGAAGCUGAAGAUUCUUUCGUAACUGCAGAGGAAGAGGAUCAAACAAUCAGAGAGUCAUCUGCAGGAUUGGAAGAUGAAUAUCUUGGAACGCUUGAGGAUAAAAACAGACAGAACGAGCUAGAUACUUUAUACGGGGUACGGAACCUUUCUACCGCCGGGCUGAUGGUUGGUGACUCACCGAUAAGCUUCGAGCGCAAUUCCAUUCGCAUAGGGAGUUCAGUCUACCCGAAAACUCAAGGUCUUCUGGAGUUGUUGUUCAAGAAGAUGCCGAAAAGCGUUCACGUUACCCCGAACGACAAGAAGAAUUACAAGAACAUCCUUCUCGAACAAAUGCUCACAGAAAAGCUGCUCAACAUCAAUACAUCAUCACCAUCGUCAUCGUCAUCGAAGCGUACGGGCAAAGGUGUUUUGCUACUUCAGGCUUGGGUUACUCGACAGGGCGUUAAAACAGAUUAUAUUUUCUGGGACGACGCAAACGAGUUGGUGGAACGUCUUCGUUUGCUUACGGCAUCUCAAGCGGCUGGGAAUACAAGUCACAACAACGAAAUUAUGUCGAUUCUCGAAGAAUUGCGGGAAGCUGGAAUCAUUUAUUAA